GGGCAUUACAUGCAGAUAUGAUAACAACACGUGCCUAAGAAAUAGUGAACCAUCUGAGUCUAUCCUCCUAUAAUUCAGCCGACCCAUCCUCGCUUGGUUCCGUUGUACGGGGCUUCUGCGCGGGAAGGUCGGGUCACUGUUGUGAUUACUGCUCGAAUUUGUUGGGUCGUCUGGGCUUGCGUCGACCCGGCCUUGCGUUAAUCCGUCCACUGGUCGUUCCUCCCAAGCCCACGAGGGGAUGACCUUACGAAUUAUGGGGCCCUUGGACCUUCUGUGAGGUCUUUUAUCCUUUUAGUGGACCCGGGGAUAUUUGUCCCCACACACGGUUUGUAAGUUUAGGGACAAAGAUAAUAAAGACAAACAAUUUUAAGCUAUAACUAUAUUGAGAGUCAGAGUGGAGUGGAACAACCGGUCAUUGAGAACUGGAGGAGUGUGUGUGAGGAAAAAAGAGCAUGCGUGGUGCGUGCAUGGAAAGCAGGGCAGCGUUUGCACUGCAGAUGAAUCGUUGUGCUUGUGCAUGCCAUGCACCGCUGCACGCCAACAUUCUUCCCUCUGCUGCUGCUGGGGCUGGGCUGGGCCUUGGCUUUCUUUUGUAGGCAGGCAGGCAGGCACUCGAUGGAUCAUCUUUUGCCUUUUGCUUUUGCUUUUGCCUUUGCCUUUGCCUGCUUUUAUAUUUGUCGCGGGUCCUUCUCCUAUCUGCCAACGGCAGCAGCAGACACAGCUGAGAGCUGGAUCACCUCUCGAUUCCAGGAGCAGUACGUCGUCUCCUAUUCUACUCCAUCCAUCCACCGCCCUUGAAAAGAAGAGAAAGGUCAAAGGAGCACCGCUGAUCGCGAUCGUACCUCACUUCGCGCGCUCUCUCUCUCUCUCCCUCUCUCUCUACCGCCGCCAUUCACCUACCAACAAGUGCGUGUGUAGUGAGAAAGAAACCUUAUUGGCUAGCUCAGCUGAGCUCGCCGGCCGGCAGCUUCACCAUCCAAUACAGCGAGGAGCAAGCUCUGCUCUCCGAACCCGGCCACCCAUGGCUCUCGUCCUCCUCCUCCUCCUGCCCAUCUUCCUUCUCUCAUCGUCUUCCUGCCUCGUCCUCGCCAUUCCAACGCUAGCCAGCCAGGCUGCCACCCUGCUCUCCCUCAAGGACUCUUUCUCGCCUCCGCUCCCGCCGCAGCUGCGCAGCUGGACCCUCGCCAACUAUGCCUCGCUCUGCUCCUCAUGGCCCGGCGUCGCCUGCAGCAACCGCACCGUCGUCUCGCUCGACAUCUCCGGCUACAACCUCUCCGGCACGCUGCCCCCCGCUAUCGCCGACCUCGCUGGCCUCCGUUUCUUCUCCGCCGCCGCCAACUCCUUCUCCGGAGACAUUCCGCCCGCCAUCGCCGCCCUCCGCGACCUCCGCCACCUCAACCUCUCCAACAACCAGUUCAACGGCACCCUGGACGCCCUCGACUUCUCCGCGAUGCACAGCCUCCAGGUGCUCGACCUCUACGACAACGACCUCGCCGGCGCACUUCCCACCCUCCUCCCCGCGGCCGCGGGCCUCCGCCACCUCGACCUCGGCGGGAACUUCUUCUCCGGCACCAUUCCACCCAGCUUCGGCCGCUUCCCCGCCAUCCAGUUCCUCUCCCUCGCCGGCAACAGCCUCUCCGGGGACAUCCCGCCCGACCUCGCCAACCUCUCCACGCUGCGCCACCUCUUCCUCGGCUACUUCAACCGCUUCGACGGCGGCAUCCCGGCGGAGCUCGGCAGGCUCACCAGCCUCGUCCACCUCGACCUCGCCAACUGUGGCCUGCAGGGCCCCAUCCCGGCUUCGCUCGGCGACCUCACCGGGCUGGACACGCUCUACCUGCAGACGAACCAGCUGAACGGCACCAUCCCGCCGUCGCUGGGCAACCUCACCGGCCUUAGGUUCCUCGACGUCUCCAACAACGCGCUCACGGGGGAGAUCCCUCCCGAGCUCGCCGCGCUCAGGGAACUCAGGCUGCUGAACAUGUUCAUCAACCGGUUCCGCGGCGGCGUCCCGGACUUCCUGGGCGACCUCCGCUCCCUGCAGGUCCUCAAGCUGUGGCAGAACAACUUCACGGGCGCCAUCCCCGCGGCGCUCGGCCGCGCCGCGCCGCUCCGGGAGGUGGACCUGUCCACGAACCGGCUGACGGGGGAGGUGCCCCGCUGGCUGUGCGCGCGCGGGCAGCUGGAGAUCCUCAUCCUCCUCGACAACUUCCUCUUCGGGCCGGUGCCGGAGGGGCUGGGCGCCUGCCCGACGCUCACGCGGGUGAGGCUGGGCCAGAACUACCUCACGGGGCCGCUCCCGCGCGGCUUCCUCUACCUGCCGGCGCUCACCACCGUGGAGCUGCAGGGCAACUACCUGACGGGACGGCUGGAGGAGGACGGCAGCGGCGGCGGCGGCAGCAGCAGCAGCAGGCUGUCGCUGCUGAACCUGUCGAGCAACCGCUUCAACGGAUCGCUGCCGGCAUCCAUGGGCAACUUCUCGUGGCUGCAGACGCUCCUCCUCGGUGGCAACCAGCUGGGCGGGCAGAUCCCGCGGCAGGUCGGGCGCCUGAAGCGGCUGCUGAAGCUGGACCUGAGCGGCAACAAGCUGACGGGGGCGGUGCCCGGCGAGGUGGGCGAGUGCACGUCGCUGACGUACCUGGACCUGAGCGGCAACCGUCUGUCCGGCGCGAUCCCCGUGCGGCUGGUGCAGAUCAAGGUGCUCAACUACCUGAACGUGUCGUGGAACAUGCUGAGCGGCAGCAUCCCGCGGGAGCUGGGCGGCAUGAAGAGCCUGACCGCCGCCGACUUCUCGCACAACGAGCUGUCCGGGCGCGUGCCGGAGAGCGGGCAGUUCGCCUACUUGAACGGGUCGUCGUUCGUGGGCAACCCGGGGCUGGUGGUGGUGAAUCCGAAGCAGCAGGUGAUGGGAGGAGGGCCGGGGAUCCUCGGCGGCGCGGGGACGCAGGAUGAACGUGGCUCUUCUUCGUCGUCGGCGGUGAUGGGGCGCCUGAAGCUGCUGCUUGCGGCGGUGGGCCUCCUUGGGUUCUCCGUGGCGUUCGCGGCGGCUGCCGUGGCGACGACGCGUUCCGCCGCCAUGCUCCGGCGCCGGCGUCGGUCUUCGUCGUGGCGGUGGCGCAUGACGGCGUUCCAGCAGGUGUCUUUCGGGUGCGAGGACGUGGUGCGGUGCGUGAAGGAGAACUGCGUGGUGGGGCGCGGCGGGGCCGGGGUGGUGUACCGCGGGACGAUGCCCGGCGGGGAGUGCGUGGCGGUGAAGCGGAUCGUGUCGGCGGAGGGCGGCGGGUUCCAGGCGGAGGUGGAGACGCUGGGUGGGAUCCGGCACCGGCACAUCGUGCGGCUGCUGGCCUUCUGCUCGGGGCCCGAGGCGAAGCUGCUGGUGUACGAGUACAUGGUGAACGGCAGCCUCGGGGAGGCGCUGCACCGCGCUGGCGCUGAUGAUGGCGGCGGCGGUGUGGUGCUGUCGUGGGCGUCGCGUCUCCGCGUGGCGACGGAGGCUGCCAAGGGGCUGUGCUACCUGCACCACGACUGCUCGCCGCCGAUCCUGCACCGGGACGUCAAGUCCAACAACAUCCUGCUGGACGCGCGCAUGGAGGCCCACGUGGCGGACUUCGGGCUGGCCAAGUUCCUGGGCGGCAGCGGCGCCUCCGAGUGCAUGUCCGCCGUCGCAGGAUCAUACGGCUACAUCGCACCAGAGUACGCGUACACGCUCAAGGUGGACGAGAAGAGUGACGUGUACAGCUUCGGCGUGGUCCUGCUGGAGCUCAUCACGGGGCUGAAGCCGGUGGGGGAGCACCUCGGCGACGACGCGGUGGACCUGGUGCAGUGGGCGCGCGCCCGGAGCUCUGCAGGGGGCGGCGUCCUGGCGCUGCUGGACCCUCGCCUCGGCGGCGACGUCCCGGUGGCGGAGGCGGCGCAUGUGCUGUUCGUGUCGAUGCUAUGCGUGCAGGAGCACAGCGUGGAGCGCCCCACCAUGCGCGAGGUCGUCCAGAUGCUGCAGCAGGCACGGCACCAGCCUAGCUAGGACGACGACUGGAGAAACGAUGUGAAAAUGUGAUAGAUAGACAGAGGUGGUGUUGUGUACGUUGUCAUUGCAUUCGGUAACUAUAUAUAUUUUUAGCAG